GCGCUUGUCAGUUCUCAUUGAACAUUAGACGAAGCAGGGUAUGUAGUUUGAUUAAAAAAAUCUUUAUGGAUUAAAAAUAACAGAUUAAAUACAUACAUGUUUGACACUGUAAUUGGCUGUACCCGUACUUCGUUGGAUCGUUGCAGAUAUAUCACAGUGAGCCAAUCUAUCACGUGGUAUGAUCCUGAUACAGGAUGAUAUCUGGACCCGCAGACACCUGAAAAAAGAAUCCGCCAAAAUGUCAUGGAUAGUGCGAAAAGUACGCCGACGGAUUCUGUUUGUCUUGGUGGUGUUGAUGGCAGGACUUUUAGCAUUUGAAUACACACGUGGUAUAAGUCCAUCCAAUGAAAAAUCAGAUAACGUCGUAAGCCGUAACAAUGCGACAACAGGAUCACUUCUCGUGGAUAUGCCAUUUUGCAAAAUCCCGAAAGUUGAUCCAUACGAUCCCACAAUUCACCAUAUAGUGAGGAAGAUCGGACGCCGACGUUGUCCACAGAAUGCGUCUUUGACCUAUCAAAGUGGCCUUGACCUGAAGAUCAACUGGACUGCAGUUAGACUGCCUCCGUAUAAUGGGAACGUUAUGUACUGCGCUUACACUCCGAUAUACAGACCCAUGCACGAACCGACAAACAACAACUACUUGCGGUAUCUGGAUGAAAAAGACCCUUUUAACGAUUCAAUUAAAGUCGAGCACGAAUUUGUGAAAGUAAAUUGCUAUGACAACAAUGAAAAUAUCGUUUAUGUCAAUUUUCAUGCAUUCAUACUGCCAAACAGAACUCUAGAUAAAAUUUACAAUGAAAGAAUUAUUAAACAUGUUAUGAAAGAAAAAAUAACUGAACGCUUAAAUGUAAUGAUGAUAGGAAUGGAUUCGGUUUCAAGACUUAGUUUUAUGCGACAGAUGGUCAAAACAAAGCGAUUUUUAGAGGAAGAACUGGGAGCUUUUGAUAUGAUGGGCUACAAUAAAGUAGCUGAUAAUACCUUCAUAAAUAUAGUGCCAAUGACUUUUGGGAAAUUCGCACAGGAAAUGCCUUGGGAUGAAAGUAAGACGUCACAAACCUUUGACCAUUUUGAUUUUAUGUGGAAACAAUAUCGCGACAGGGGUUAUAGAACGUUUUAUGCAGAAGACGCACCCGACAUAGCUAUAUUUGACUUUCUCAAAGCAGGUUUUAAAACGCCCCCUACCGACCAUUUUAACAGACCAAUUAGUAUUGCUAUGGAGCUAAAAGAAAAUCUAUGGUUUAACAACCAUCACUGUUUUCAAGAUCGCCUAGAAACAGAUAUAGUUUUAAAGUAUAUGUAUGAUUUUGCAGAGACAUACAAGAACGAUCCAUUUUUUGCGUUUACUUUCAUAACAAGAUUAUCGCACGAUGACGUCAACAGCGCGGGCGCAGCAGACGAACCCUAUUAUAACUUUUUCAAAAGUCUCCAUGAAAAAGAUCUUCUGCGAAACACGGUGGUUUUCUUCUUUAGCGACCAUGGAAUGAGAUUUGGUAAAAUAAGGGAAACGUACAUCGGGAAGUUGGAAGAACGUCUGCCAUUCAUGUAUAUCGUUAUUCCAAAAUGGCUUCGUAAGUCAUAUCCCCACAUUCCAAAGACAUUAAAGACAAACCAAAACAGACUUUCUACACCAUUUGAUGUAUAUGAAACUCUACGAGAUAUUUUGUAUUUUGAUGGAAAAUUGAAAGUCGCAGACGACAAUUCGCGGGGAGUAAGUUUUCUCAGAGAAAUUCCCAUUUCUCGGUCAUGUGACAAAGCUGGGAUAUUACCUCAUUGGUGUACGUGUUUACAUCAUGAAAAGUUAGAGACCAAUGAUGAUGUAGUUGUAAAAGCAAGUUUUGUACUUCUUUCUGAAAUUUUAAAUGAAUUACGGGAAUAUAAAUCAAUUUGUGAAGACCUAUCUUUACAUAAGAUCAGAGAAGCCGUCCGAUUAGUCGAGUCUAACGAUGUUUUAAAAUUUGUCAGUGGAAAGAAACUUGAGGUUAAACAGUCCACAGUAAAUCAUGUUGGCAAUAAAGCAAUUGAAGAUAUUCAGGUUGUCAUAGAAACGGUGCCUGGUAAUGCAUUGUUUGAAGCGACAGUAAGGUUAGACACAUUUCACGAAAGCUACAAAGUUGUAGGUGAUAUAAGUCGGAUAAAUAUAUACGGCCAUCAGUCGGAUUGUAUAGAUGUAUUUAAACUGAAGAAAUAUUGCCAAUGUAAAGAAAUAGACACGUAAUUUGAUAUCAUGCAUCUUUUUGCUAAUAGUGAGAGAGAAUCACAGUUAUAAAAAUUUGUUUUGAGAUAUAUAAGUGCUAUCUUAUUUUGAGAGACUGAGAGAAGCACAGUGAUUGAUGAAUGACAAGAACUUCAUUUUGAGAUGCAUUUGUGUCGAUACUAAAAGAAAAUCACAGUGAUAAAUCUGAUAUAACAAUAUAUAUAAAUGAACGACAAAAAGAGAUACAUUACCAAUGAAACUUGCAGGGUAAAACUUUUUUACAUUGAAAUGAAUAAACGCGAUAGACAUUGC